ACGUGUACAGGACAGCAUAGACGACAAUGACAAUAAAGAUAAUGGUUUAGGCCCAAACUGUACGUGUGGACCAAAACUGCAUUCACUGUUUGUGUAUAAGCAAUAGAUUGAGAGGCUCUUAAUGCGAUGGCAGGAGACGGUGGUGCUGAUCCCGUAAUUCACUUUGUGUUCGUUCAUGGGGCUAGUCACGGAGCUUGGUGUUGGUAUAAACUCACCACUCUUCUCGAAACCGCCGGAUUCAAAGCCACCUCCGUCGACCUAACUGGCGCUGGAAUCAGCCUCACUGACUCUAACACCGUCUUCGACUCCGAUCAGUAUAACCGUCCUCUCUACUCUCUCCUGUCCGCUCUUCCUCCAUCUCACAAAGUCAUACUCGUCGGACAUAGCAUCGGCGGAGGAAGUGUCACCGAUGCUCUCUGCAAGUUCACAAACAAAAUCUCCAUGGCCAUUUACCUCGCGGCUUCCAUGGUUCGACCCGGAUCCACUCCUUCUCCACAGCCUUCGUCAAACUUGCAUGGAGAUGUAGGAGAAGAAACAAUAUGGGAGUUUACAUAUGGUGAAGGUAAGGAUAAGUCACCCACCGGAGUCAUCAUGAAACAGCAGUUUAUACGCCAAUAUUACUAUAACCAAAGCCCUCUUGAGGACGUAACUCUGGCAUCUAAACUGCUGCGUCCUGCUCCUGUGAGGGCACUAAAUGGUCUUGAUAAGUUGCCUCCGAAUCCCGAGGCCGAGAAAGUUCCACGAGUCUACAUCAAGACUGCCAAGGAUAAUAUGUUCGAUUCUGCGAGUCAAGACCGGUUGGUGAAGAAUUGGCCACCUUCUCAGUUGUAUGUCUUGGAGGAGAGUGACCAUUCUGCUUUCUUCUCUGUGCCAACUACCUUGUUCACUUAUCUCCUCCGUGCGGUUUCUUUUCUUCAAAGAUAAAACUUUAAACUUGAGGUUUUGGUUUUGAUCAUGUCUCAUCCUUUCGUACAAUUCCUCUCUCAUAUAUAGCAAUCGAAUACUUAAUUCAAUGGUAGGAAUGAUUUGGGAGGAGUGAUUGAUUGGAAAGUGGUUGUCUGGUUGAUAUGAGAUUAUAUGAUAUGAGUUGAUCAUCAAAUAAUUUCCUCUUAUGUUAUUU